AUGACUUUUAAGAAACAGUAAAAGCAAAAGGAGAGGCUCAAAGUUCACAAAAAGAAAAGGUUUCAAUGAUCGUGGGGUAUUACUGCACAAUAUUAUUAUGAUCAGAACUCAUUUCAAUAUACACUUAAGCAUUGAUGGUUACAUUUGAAUUGACAAAUAAAAGGUCUAGACAUGUAUAAGCAAUCAUAAUUUAGUCUCUAUUGUGUAUGAUUUUGAUUGCUUAAUUUAUUCACAAAUGAAAGUAGUAUACAACCGGUUCUUGUUAUUCCAAGUGGACAAGAACUUGUUCAGUUUAAGUAAAGUCUUGAAGUUGAGUUUUGUUGAUAAAAAAUAUUAGAAUUGGUAGACUACGAGCUUGUUCACUUAAAUGGGUGUUCAAGUCGGAUUAGUGGGGGCUUAAUGUGGCUUUUGGGUAGCAAAGGUUUAAGAUAAAUAACAGCAGCAUAGUAAUUGGUAUACCUUCCUCUCUCUGAUGAUGAAGAUAUUUUUGUAUACAUUUCAUUCGAUUGAGCAUAAGAAUCUAAAGUUCACUGCACAAAAGGGAAGGGCUCACAUCUUUUCUUAUUUUCAAAAAGUUAUAAUGUCUGCAUAGUACAUAGAAGGCAGCUUUAUGAAGCAUGAGAGAGUUUGCAGCAACUUUGUAUGUUUUGUGAAUUUGGAAAAGCCUUUGAAGCUCUACUCUUAUUAGGUAAUGGAUACUAAUUCAAGAAACUUGAGAUGGGCAAGAAAGGCCCAAUUGCUUGUAGCUUGUGCUCUUCUUUUACUGCAAAACUCUCUGGUCAUCUCUAUAGAGACAACAACCUCUGUGCAUAUUGUGUACAUGGGAGAUAAGAUAUAUCAAAAUCCAGAAACUACUAAAAAGUAUCACCGCAAAAUAUUAUCUUCACUUUUAGGAAGCAAAGAAGCUGCAAGGAAUUCAAUUCUUUACAGCUAUAAGCAUGGUUUUUCAGGCUUUGCUGCAAGAUUGACAAAAUCUCAAGCAGAAGCAAUAGCAAAGUUUCCAGGGGUAGUUUCUGUCAUUCCAAAUGGUAUUCACAAACUCCAUACAACUAGAAGUUGGGACUUUAUUGGGAUCCAUUAUUCCUCCUCAAAAACUUCUUUCACUGACAGCAACUUAGGUGAAGGAACCAUCAUAGGUGUUAUAGACACAGGCAUUUGGCCAGAAUCUCCAAGUUUCAAUGAUGAAGCAAUGGGACAAAUCCCAUCAAGGUGGAAAGGAGUUUGUCAAGUGGGAGAGCACUUCAACUCCACCAAUUGCAACAAAAAGAUAAUUGGUGCUAGAUGGUUCAUGAAAGGAAUAACUGAUCAGACUAAGAAACUCCUCAAAGGAAAUAACACUAAGGAAUAUCUCUCAGCAAGAGAUGCUAUUGGCCAUGGCACUCAUACAGCUUCAACAGCAGCUGGGUAUUUUGUAGGAAAUGCAAAUUAUAGAGGACUUGGUUCUGGUUUGGCCAAAGGAGGAGCACCAUUGGCUCAUUUAGCUAUCUACAAGGCUUGUUGGGACUUUCCUAUUGGAGACUGUACUGACGCUGAUAUCCUUAAAGCUUUUGACAAGGCUAUACAUGAUGGAGUAGAUGUCUUAACUGUUUCUCUUGGCUUUGCCAUUCCCUUGUACUCCUAUGUUGAUCAACGUGACACAAUAGCUAUUGGUUCCUUUCAUGCAACUGCCAAGGGAAUCACAGUUGUCUGUUCAGCUGGAAAUUCUGGUCCUGCGUCUCAAACCAUUACAAAUACUGCACCAUGGAUUAUUACAGUUGCAGCCACCACAAUAGAUAGGGCCUUUCCGGCAGCCAUCAACCUUGGGAAAAACCGCACUGUGUGGGGACAAUCCAUUGAUACUGGAGCACAUAAUCUUGGAUCUGUUGGGCUCACAUAUUCUGAACGCAUUGCUCUAGACCCAUCAGAUAAUUUGGCCAAGGAUUGUCAUUCUGGAAGUCUAAAUGCGUCAAUGGCAGCAGGCAAAAUUGUUCUAUGCUUUUCACUAUCAGAUCAACAAGACAUUGUUUCUGCAUCACUCACAGUCAAGGAAGCUGGAGGAGUUGGACUGAUAUAUGCACAAUAUCAUGAAGAUGGACUCGAUGGUUGUGGUUUGUUUCCAUGUAUUAAGGUAGAUUAUGAAGUCGGGACUGAAAUAUUAACCUAUAUUAGAAGAGCAAGGUUUCCAACUGCAAGCCUGAGUUUUCCAAAGACUGUCAUUGGAAAAUUGAUAUCUCCAAAAGUUGCAUCUUUCUCAGCUAGAGGACCAAGUAGCAUGUCUCCAACAGUCCUAAAGCCUGACAUAGCUGCUCCAGGUGUGGACAUUUUGGCUGCAUUUCCACCAAAGGGCACUACAAAGAGCAGUGGAUUUGCUUUCUUAUCUGGAACUUCAAUGUCUUGUCCCCAUGUGGCAGGGAUUUCAGCUCUCAUCAAAUCCAAGCACCCAACUUGGUCACCUGCAGCCAUAAGAUCAGCUUUGGUAACAACAGCCUCUCAAACUGGAACUGAUGGAAGCAUUAUAUCUGAAGAGGGUUCCACAAAUAAAGCAGCAGACCCAUUUGAUAUAGGAGGUGGAUUUGUGAACCCCGACAAAGCAAUGGAUCCAGGACUCAUAUAUGAUGUAAUCACUGAGGAUUAUAUCCAAUUCCUAUGUUCCAUGGGUCACAGUAGUGCAUCCAUUAGCGAAGUGACCAAUACCACCACACGUUGUAAGAAAGUAAAACACCAAGCACUGAACCUUAACCUUCCUUCCAUAUCAGUUCCAAACUUGAAGAGGGCUACAACAGUAAUGAGAACGGUGACAAAUGUUGGAAACAUAACUGCAGUCUACAAAGCUCUAGUGAAGGUUCCAUAUGGCAUAAAAGUGAGUGUUGAACCUACAAUUUUGAAUUUCAGUUCAAACACCCGAGUCCUUACCUUCAAUGUCAGUUUCAUGUCAACUCAAAAGUUGCAUGGAGAUUACAAAUUUGGGAGCUUAACAUGGACUGAUGGCAAGCAUUUUGUGAGGACUCCAAUAGCUGUGAGAACCAAACAGUUUGAAUCUUAAGUGCAUGUUAUAUGUAGAAAUGAGAUUAUAAUUGGCCAACAAACUACAUGAGUUCUUGCUUGGAGUCAUACUAAACGAAGCAUAUAGCACAUUCUUUGGUGAGAACGUACAGCAUAUAUUCUGAGGAACGAUAACUAUUUACUCAUGGAAUAAACUAUCGAGUG